AUGUGGAUCGUUCGGCUCCGGUUCUCUACAUACAAAAGCGCUUGGCUUACGGCUUCUCGAUACGAUGCCAUGACAACGAUAUUGCUGCUAAUUUGCUGUGCUGUGGGUUUUGCCCAAGACCGACAUCGUGAACGUCGACCGCAUCAUCCACAGAUUGAACCGAGGUACAGUCGACUGACACCGUUUCAAAAUGAAGAGGCAUUCCCAGAACCAGUCUUUGGCAUGGCCCAUGGAUUUCCAUACGAAAACAUGCAUAAAGAAAUGGACAGGGAGUUUGCCGAACCAUUUCCAUCACUCAAAAGAGGGCGACCCAAAAAAGAUGAUGACUCCGCACGACAGGAAGAAUCUCCAGAAGAGCCACACAAGCUUCCGUUCCCCUUCCCUAAAAAUGAGAAAGCUCUUGGUAGCAGAGAGCGCAGCGAAAGGAACACAAAAGCGAAUCAAUUUUCACACGAAGGACCACCUCGGCCGAUCCUUAUAAACGGAGAAGAUAACCCAUUAUUCACUUUGCCUCCUUGGAUAAAUCUGAAAGAGUUCCCAAUAAAAGAAGUAACUCCGCCAUUUAGUAAUCCAGAGGAGAAAGGUGGUCGAAGGCCGCGGCAGCGCUCAGAGAACGGUGAAAAACCAACGAAGCAUGCACCGCUUUCGUCGGGAGAAAAGCCUUCUUCUGGAGAGCAAUCGCUGUCCCCAAACGACAAGCGCGAGUCCGAAGCUGGAGCUGGUUCCGAUUCACCACCUACGGCCAGACCAGACUUGCGGGAUUCUGGAGCAACACACCAAAAUCACGGAGAGAGUGAAGAAAAGGAAGCUCCUGAACAUCCAUUGGCUGGGAAAAUUGUUGGAGUCGAUAUGCGGAUGGUUGCUGGAAUGUAUCCCAAGAACGAUGGCUCUCAUGGGCCGGGUAAAUUUUUUCCAAUAAAGGAUUGGGGACCUGAGCUGGCACGGCCUCCGCCUCCAUUGCACAAAAACCGCGGAGUGAGAAGGAAAUCCACAAGGAAAGAUGGUGCUCCAAAUAUCAAGGAACAAAGAAAGUCAAGUGGUGAGGAUAGCAAUUCUAGAGAAGCUGACAGCAAACAACUCGGCGAUUUUGACGCCUACUUUGACAAGUCCCGAUCAGAGCACCAGACGCCUCCAGAAGAGGGGCCUUCGCCAUCAACGCAACAACCAAUCGUUUCCACCGCAACGCCAGGGAACACAGAAGUGCGGUCACACAUGGCAAUCGUCUGUUCAACGCUGGAACGCAAGCAGAGAAGAAAGCGAAUGACGAUAAUGACUGCGAUAACUAUCCUGUUCCCAAAUUGA